AUGUCUCUACUCACCAAUUAUGAGGGGCUUCGGCAUCAGAUCGAGAGGCUGGUGCGGGAAAAUGAGGAACUGAAGAAGCUGGUGCGGCUCAUUCGGGAGAAUUACGAGCUCAAGUCAGCGAUCAAGACACAGGCGGGCGGCCUGGGCAUCAGCGGGUUCAGCAGUGGGCUCAGUGAGGCGGCGGCCAGUGCUUCUCCACACCAGGGUAACUGUGUCUUCCUGCCCCCAUCCCCGGCAGCAACAAACGAACCCAUCCUGGAAGAAGUGGGGAUUGUGGCUCUGGCACCCCUGGCCGACGUGCUAAACAGCCCACAGCCCAGCCCUGUGGCAGGCCCCAUCGUGAGCCCCCUGGCAGGCCCUCUCAACACGCUGCUGCCCGGCCCAGGGCCCAUCUCCCAGGGCAGCCCACUCACCAGCCACCUGGCCAGCCCUGGGGCAGUGCCCCCAGGGGGCACACCAGCCAGCUCCCUGGGCCUGCCUUCCACCGGCCCCCUGACUCCAGGAAGCCCCCUGGCGGGCCCCCAAGCUGUGUCUCAGAACAGCCCGCUAAUGCCCCCUAUGACAGGCUCGGGGGUCCUCUCCCUGAGUGGUCCCCUGCUCACCUCCACAGCUGCCCCUCUAGGUGUCUCUCAGAACGUUCUGGCCAACCCCAUGAACAAUCUGGUGCUGUCGGAGGCCCCACGGGUGCGGCUGGCAGAGCCGCUCCGAGGAUAUCCCUCGGGACCCCACCCCUCGGCUGACAGGGGACCUUCUGCCACCUCCAAAGUCCCACUCUCCACUGAGCACCCCCAGCCAACCCAGGAGCCGGAGCCCCUCGGCAUGACAUUUGUGGGUGCACCCAUCCAGACCUCCACCCCUGUUGGUGCCCUGGGCACUCCAGGCCCCGUGACAGCCUUCUCCUAUGGCACCUCAGAUGCCCAGACACAGCCUGGCGGCCCCCAGACACAAGUGGUCCCUCCCUCUGUCCCUGUCUUGACUGCCUCCAACAUGGCCAUCCUCACCUCUGCCCCCACCCCCACCCCCCCAGUGACCACCAGCUACACGCCGUCAAGCACGCCGCACCCCUCUGCCCGAACGCACCACUCCCCAUCCCGGCCUUCGCCCACCCCCCACUCCCCUCCACGCAACCCCCGCUCCCCACCGAGAACCUCAUCCUCCCCGGCUUCAGUCACCGACACCCGUGGUCCACGCGGCCCAGAGCAGUCUCGGAAAAGCAUCCUGGAGUUGGAGCGGAAGCUAGCCCACCGCAAGAGCGGCAAGUUCCCCGACAGCUCUCGAGAAUCAAAGCAGCUGGCCUGGGAGAGGCUGGUGGGGGAGAUCGCCUUCCAGCUGGACCGCAGGAUCCUGUCCAGCAUCUUCCCCGAGCGUGUGAGGCUCUAUGGCUUCACAGUCUCCAACAUUCCGGAGAAGAUCAUCCAGGCCUCCCUGAACCCCAGUGACCACAAGCUGGACGAGGAGCUGUGCCAGACGCUCACACAGCGCUACGUGAGCAUCAUGAACCGGCUGCAGAGCUUGGGCUACAACGGGCGGGUGCACCCAGCGCUGACGGAGCAGUUGGUGAACGCUUACGGCAUCCUGCGGGAGCGGCCGGAGCUGGCCGCGUCCGAGGGUGGCUCCUACACAGUGGACUUCCUGCAGCGUGUGCUGGUGGAGACCGUGCACCCCAGCAUGCUCACUGACGCGCUGCUGCUGCUCUCCUGCCUCAGCCAGCUAGCCCACGAUGACGGCAAGCCCAUGUUCAUCUGGUGA